AUGGCGAAGCGUGGUGGAAAAGUUGGCACUACAGUAUUGCUGCUCGCGGGCCUCUGGCUUGGUCUCGCUGGGUCCCGCUGGGCUCUCGCAUUGACAGCGGGACCCAGCAGACCUGGUGCCCUGAAGCGACUCCACGCUACCGCCCUGACGCUGAAGGCCUCCUCCGAGGACGUAGAACGCGCAGCGACAGAGGCCAAGGCAGGCUUGGAUCAGGACUGGCUGCAAAAGACAGCUGAGGAGAUCCAGCAGUUUGGAGUGGAUGAGGUCCGUGACUGGGCGCAAGCCGUGUUGCCGAAGAAUACUGGAGUUGCUGAGACAUUGUACCGCCAAAAAGUGGAUGGUGAAGCCUUGGUGGAGUUAACUUCGGAUGACAUGAAAGAGAUGGGCAUCCUCGUGGGGCCGCGCAAAGUCCUGGCAAAGCGCAUCGCUGCUGUGUCUGCCCCGCCAAUGGCCGCGAGCGGAUUCCAGGACGACUCGGAAGCCACGGAGUUCAUCCGAGAGCUGGCCGAGGCUACGCCACAGGACUUGGGUGAAGGCGUGCAGGUCUUCAACCUCAAGACGUCCUUGCCCGUAAAGCCGUACGGCCAGAGCGGGCCUAAACUGUUGACGCGCAAUACGACGCGCCGAGCCUGGCAGGCCACCUUCGAGCUCAUGAAGGGCGGCAUCGAGCGCGUGGCCAUGUUGGGCGUCCCGGGCAUCGGGAAGAGCCGCAAUUUGGCGCUGGGCCUCUGGCACCUGGUGACGGGGGAGCUGCCAGACGGGACUCUGCAGCCCAAGGCCAUCGUGUUCGAAGCCCGGCAGAGCGGCAAAGUCUUCCUUUUCACCAAGGGCCAGGGUGGCCAGUGGAAGGCGCAGCGCCUGCCGAUCGAAGAUUGGAAGCCAUCAGGCUGCAAGCACCUGGAGGACCCCGACAACUGGUAUUUAGUGGAUGCUUUCAAGGCAGACAACCCCAUGAUGUUGGGUGCCAAGACUGUGAUCGCCUGCAGCCCAGACCGGGACCACUACAGCCACUUCGUCAAAGACGGAGGCCAGUGCGUUUUCGUAGAAGCUUUCUUGUGGGCCGAGGUGGAAGCGUGCUAUCCAGAGCUCAAGACUCAAGUUGAGAAGGAGGAAAUGCGCCAAAGGUUCCAGCAAGUCGGAGGUGCUCUGCGCACGCUUGUGGCUGACAAGGGGAUCUACGACGAGGCCGUCCAGCUGCAGAGGGCCGAGGCAGAGGACUUCACGACAGUGGAACGUGCCUUUGCGGGUGAUUUGAAUACCGAUGAAAAGAAGAGGAUGCCGACCAGGCUCUUCACGUACCGCAGCGUCGAUGGGAUCUUACGCAAUGUCUCCGUCUGCUCUCCCGGUGCUGCCGCACUGCUUGUCGAGAAGCACUAUGACAAGCUCGUGCCGCUGUGGUGCGAUCCAAGCACCCCAAGGUCGAGGUAUUGGCUCGAGGACUUUGUAGGCGCGCUUUUGACAAAGCUUUGGGCGGGCAAAACGGGGCUUGCAGCCUUUGAAGUCACCAAUGCGGCAAAUGCAGCUGCAAAGAGCGCCCAAUGGAACUACAGACAGGUCAUUGACUUGCAGGUUAAGGAGGGUUUGCAGCUUCUAGAGUGCGACACCGAUCACAUCUUUGAUGCCAGAUGGAGGGAGGCUGUGCAGAGAGGCAGUCUAGAGGGACGUGUUCUGCACAGCCCAGAGAAUUACCCGGGCAUCGACUACCUGCUGGAGUUCAACCACGGCAUCUCCGUGACGACCUCCCUCCAGCACGGCAUCGCAAAGGCGUUCCGUGCAAGGUUGGAGGAGAUGUUGGGAAACACUGGUGAAAGCCGCAGUUUCACUCUCACUUUUCUCAUUACAGGAGAUCCUCAAAAAUUCACACCGAAGGGAAAUGAUUUCAAAGCACUUAUGAAAAUGGCGGAGGAAGGAAAGUCGUUUGACAAUAUUUGUGUACAGGUCGUGCAGAUUCCGAAGACGCUCAAUAGCCUGAGUCGAAAACUAUGCUGCGGAGAGAUCUGGGGUGUGUCUGCAGCGCUUGCUGUGACUUUCGUCUCGCGUCUUUGCAUCCUGAAGCUGUCAGGGGCUGGCUCAUCUCGACCCAUGGCCGAAGCCUGGAGUGAAACCCAGGCACAGCAGAGCAUGGUUGUGAGUCGGGGCUUGCAGUGA